CGCCUCGUGCGCAUGUUGUUUUUGACAUGUCGGCCGUGAGACAAUCGUAGUCAAGAGUCGGGAAGCCGGUCUCACUGGAUGAAUUCCUAGUGCGACAAGGCUUUUACCAAGUGCGUAAUGGCAGAAGCUGUAAACGGACCCUGUGAUGGGGCCUUAGGUUGGACGCAAUUCUGCGAACAAGAGGCAGCAAAGGCUGCAGUUGAUUUCGUUAGGAACUUCCGCCUAUACAUCACAGACAACCCGUCCCAUAAUAAUCAACCGGAGAGAUUUGCCAAACGUUUCGUGGAGCAUUUUCUCGAACAUUUUGAGCUGGAGACAAACGUACGACGCUCUGUAGAGGUGUCGCCAGGUACUCGUGCUCAUAACAGAGACGGUAGUGGGGACAGAACUGCUUUAGACAGGGGAAACCAUUCCCCUGAUAACAUCAGAGAACCCCUUGUGCAGAAUCACUCACUAGAUCAUGAUGAUUAUACGGACGAUAAUACAUCUCCUUCGCCUAAAUCAAAUAGGUCAUUUUUCAGAAGACUGUCAUUUAAGGGAUUUAGGAAAAAUAGCCACAAAAAGGUGCUCAUCAAACAGAGGUCUGAUGAAGUUGAAUUGUCUCCAGCUUCCACGCACCAGACCCCAGGAAAACGACUGAGAAAUUUUCUCAGUAAAGCUGGUGGUAGUGGGGAGAAAGAAAAACAAAAGUUGGUUCAAUCAGGAAUUGAGGAAAUUAAACGUGAUGGACUGGUAAACAGACUUAUUGAUGAAGAAGGUAGUAAUGGCAAAACCAAAUGGGAGAAGUGUAGACUUGCAUUAGUUAAAACUGCUGGUGGAUUUAUGCUGGAGAUCUAUUCACCACCAAAGGCUGUCAAACCUAAGAUUGGAGUGUUUUGUUUCCUGAUCACUGAAGCAAGGGAAACCACUGCAUUAGAGAUGCCAGACAGAGAGAAUGCAUUUGUUUUAAAGGCUGACAGGAAUUUAGAGUAUGUGUUUGAGACUUGCAGUGCAGCAGACAUGCAAAUGUGGCUAGAAGAUAUCAAAGAAAGCAUGGGCCCAAACAACAGAAAUGGUCGCAGCUUGCCAAGUCUCCAACCUUCAUUACAUGAAGUUUCUGAUACCACACCAAUAUUAUACAAUGACCACAGGCUGUCUAGAGGCAGUGAUGUUAGCAGUGACAAUCCCCCAGAACUGCCACCAAGAACACCGACACGUGUGGGAGAUGGGGCACACCCACUCCACCUGUCUAGAAACAGUUCAGGAGACAUGGCUGGAUCACCUAGGUCAGAGAGUGGGUUUGGAGAAUUUAUAGCAAGAGAGCCCCUUGGGCCUGAUUGUUAUGUGGAUCAACAGCUUCGAGAGUACCCCUGGUUCCAUGGUACCCUAUCUCGCAUGGAGGCUGCCCAGCUAGUGUUACAACAUGGGGCUGAUGGCCAUGGGGUGUUCCUGGUUAGGCAGAGUGAGACGAGGAAGGGGGAAUAUGUCCUAACUUUCAACUUCCAAGGAAGAGCUAAGCACUUGCGGAUGACCAUAAACAAUGAAGGCCAGUGUAGAGUUCAGCACCUGUGGUUUCAGACCAUAUUCGAUAUGCUGGAACACUUCCGCACUCACCCCAUUCCUCUAGAGUCUGGAGGCACCUCUGAUGUCACACUGUCUGAUUAUGUAGUAGGGGCUAAUCACUUAUCACCAGGACAUAUUGGAGGUCACCAAGGUCAAUCUGGGGGUCAUCAGAGUCAUGCUGGAGGUCACCAGGCCCAAGGUCAUAUUCAAGGUCAACGGCAUAGCCCAACAGGAGGGGCUUCUUUAACCAGUGGUUUCCGUAGUGGUGGAAUGGUACUUCAUGGGGGUAAUGAGCAAGGCAGGGAUGUUCUUCCAACCAACAGUGGUUCUGUACGUACGAGGACAGAAUCCAUGGAACAGCUGAUUAUAAGGGACUCAACGCCUCCCUUACAGCCUCAACAAACUACACUGAAUCUGCAUGGAAGAGCAGUGGAGAACCAUUAUUCUUUUGUCUGAGUAACAUUUAUUAGAUUGAUAAAAUGCUUAAAUGAGGUAAUAUUAACUUGUGACACCUGCUGAUUCUUGCCUGUAUUUAUAGUCCAAAAUUUUGAAUUAUAUUUGAAGCCUGCUUCAAUGGGGAUCAACAGAGAUAGCCUUUUAUGAUGCUGUAGGCACUGGGUGUCAUCAUAUGUGACUAGACAUGAGAUGUGGUUCACUUGUUAGUGAUUGGAGUGAAACUCUGUUCCUAGGAAUGUUGUUCUUAAAAGCAAUACAAAAAGGGUGUGCAUAACAUGACUAAUUUUUACUGUGUGCAAUGGACUAAAAAUUUACUGAAUUUGAGAGAAAACAAUUACAGAAAUAUCCGUAGAUAAAUUUUGUCAGCUUUUAUUCAUUGCACUGUGUUAUCUAGUCAGCCAUUACUUAUAACCCACUCUCUUCCAAGUCCGAUGAAAUCCCACAAGACUGGGCUAUCUUGGAUGAUCCCUAUUUUCAGCUGCCAAUUUGGAUGUUACCCUUGGUACUGCUUUGAACAAGAAUAUUGCUUUCAGUAUUAAUUACCUAUGGUGAAAUGAAAGACUGAUGUGAGAGAAGAAUAUAUAAAUGUAACAUAGUAAGUUGAGAUUGUUACAAUAUCUGCUUUGGUCCUGUGUAAUGGUUAAGAGUGAAAAUUCCUCGUUUGGGAUAACCUUUUCCAUUUUUGACACAAACUUUUCAAUCUUACUAAGAGGAUUUAAGCUUUGAAAUGGUAUUCUCUUGUCUCUAGGGUACAUUGUUGUUUUGUACUUCAACAGUGUCUCAUUUAUAGGGAGUUGAGGUUUUGUUGCAUUGAUUUGUACAGUGGAACAUACCAUGUUUUGUUGUUCUUGUUAACCUGUUGAAAUCAAGAGUAUUGAUAGCUAGGUAAAAACAAUUAUUACAGUGAUAAGUAGAGAAGUGUGGAUUUCAUUUUGUUUUUAAGAGAGUAGAUAAAUGUGUGAAGUUUUUUAUUAGCAGAAUAUUUUGUUCAUUAGUGAGUAAAACAAGGUUGUUCAUUUAUUAUCAAACUUACAUCUACAGAACUCAAUGGCUGCUAGCUUAAAGGGUAUUUUUUGUUCAUUGUACAAGAAAGGUACAUGCUCUUUGUUAAGGGAGAGUGGACCAUUUAACAGACAUCUCAUAAGAAUCUAAGCAUAAAGGCUAAGCUUUUUCUUACAGUGGGAGAUUGACAUAGUAAUCCUGUUCCAAUUUUUUCAUUUAAUGCCCACAUAACUUGUUUUUGAUUUGGUAUAAUUCUUAGUAAAAUUCCUUUUAGUAUAUUGCACUUUUUUGUUUCAAGGUUUUGACCAAUACUUUUAUUUAUUUUAUUAAGAAAUGAAAAAUGUGUUAUUGUAAUUUCAAUAUGUUUUUUUUUUUUACUUGGACCAUGUUGUCAUUUCUGGCAAUGCUGUUAGAUUUCGUUAUUGUACUUUCAUUCCUAAAGGAUUUAAAAAAAAAAUCCCCCAAAUUUGAGCAGGAUAUGUUAGGAAACAUAGGUCAUAGAACUUUUUUCUUUGUUUUUCUGUUUGACAGUUAUAGAUUUUUUUUUCAUUAAGUCUAUGUCUCAUGCUUGUUUUGUGUGUGCUAAUUAUUUAUUGACUUAAAUAUUUAAAUCAUGUUUUUUUUUUCAUUUUUAAUUUUUAAGUGUUGUUCUUUUUUUCAUGAUUUAUGUACAUUUAAUUAUGUCCACUUCAGAGGGGAUGGUUUUACCUCAUGACCCACAUAAUCAAUCAUGCUCUGGUCACAAGAACCUAAUGCAUUCACUGUUUAUUAAGCAGCUUUUUUAGAGUAAUAUUACCUGACUAAAUCCCAUGGUGUUCAACGAUAGACCAUCUUUGACUCGAAAACCAAAAGUUUUUUUUCACUGUUACACGAAUUAUAUGAAAUCUUAGAUGAAAUUAGAUUAUAUGUUUAUCUUACCUAGUGAUUGGUAGUUAAAUAUUACUUGAUUUAAAGUGGUAAUGAUGGGUGUGAUACUGUGCAUCACAAUAGUAUGCGAGGUGUACCAGUUACAUGACAGUUUCAAUUUUGUAUUAUCUGAUCAAUUACUUUUGCCAGAGAUGACUCUCACUCACCUCUGCAUAAACCCUUCUUAGCAAGUUAAUGUUGGUGGAUACGUUGAAAUGAAAUUUCAUUUUUCUCUUUUUGUGCUGUUAAUGUCAAAAAAUUGAGAUUAAAAAAUGCACUAUUUUUAAAAGUGAGGAUGUGUAGUAAUAUUGAUAUAAUAAAAUUGCAGUUAAACAAAAAGGUUUACCUUUAGAUUGAUAGAUUAUAUUAAGGUUAUGUAUUUCAAAAUACACUUUUGUUCUAAAUACUGUUGUAAACAUAUGGUAUUCAAAAUGUGCAAGGUAUGUUUAUGCCUGUAUGAUUUUAUUUCUUACUGUUUCAAUAUAUAUGUAAAAAACUGAAAUUCAUGUAUAACAAGAGUUAAAGGAACUCUUAACACGAAAAACAGUUAUCUUCCCCCCUUCCCCCCCCCCUCCCCCACCUUGAAGGUUUCAACACAUCUCCACCAUCCCUUAAUAGUUAAUACAUAACCAGCAUUGCCCCUCUGACAUGGACACACUGAUUUCAGGUUGAUUUUUCUAAGAUUAACUUAAGCCAAUUGUAUUUUGUACACAGAUUCAAUUUUCAUUUACAGUAAAAGUGCACUUUUUUGCACAAGUAGUAAUUUCGACGUUUGGUGAGCACAUAACUGGCAUUAAAGAUAUUUGUGCAGGUAAUAUGAAUUGAAAGUAAAUAGAUAAAUACUGUAAAAACUUCUCUGAGCUGUCUCUUCAAGGUUACAUAGAAAGUUCAAGAAAAUAAUGACAUCAUAUAAUAAACUAGCUUGAUGCUUUGUGAUUUUAUAGCCUCAUUUUGUGUUACAGUACUUACAAUAUUGCAUUCAAUUUCAACAAAUGAUUUUGGGGAUGAAUGUAUUAUUCCCGAAAGUGACCAUCUUGCUCUCAUAAGAAAAGUGGUUUUAAGAGAACAGAUAUAGAUGUGUGCAAUCUUGAAACGGUAUUUGAACUUGCUGUAAGAUGAAGGAAUUCCCUAUUACUGGACAAGGUUGCAUUCAGAUUAAAGCAGAAAAUAUCUGCAGUCUGUAUUCUUAUAUGAUGCAACAGUGUAUAUAUGAGUUUUUGUGGAACCAAAUCCUUCAGUAGCUUUAAAAUAAGGUUUAUUUUUUACAAUGAUUUUUCAGCAGAUUUUUGCAAUAAAUUAUGCUAGUUAUGUUGAAGAAGAUGCCUGCAUGAAAAUCUAAUAAAGGUAUGAUCAACAAAGUAUGAUUUUCUGUGUUGAUGCCAAACAUUUUGAUGUUUCUAUGGAAUUAGGUGUAGGUCCUUGAAGUAUGAAAUAAGCC